CGGGCUACCGUUUCCAUGGCGGCGAGGACCCACGCGCUCCAACUGCCCAGCAACUGUCCAGCAACUGUGCCGUCCCAGACCUUACCCCUGCCGGCGUCAGCAGUCCCAGAGUGUCUUAGCGCCCCAGCCCCAGCCACUGCCCAAGAGGACCCUGUACUCGACAUGGGCGACCUGGAGCUGCUGCUGCCCGGGGAAGCUGACUCGCUCGUGCAGCAACUGCGCAGCUUCCCGCCUCAGGAGAUGGGCUCCGAAGGGUGGAGCCAGCAGCAUGAGAACUUGGAGAAGCUGAACAUGCAGGCCAUCCUUGACGCCACGGUCAGCCAGGGGGAGCCCAUCCAGGAGCUGCUGGUAACCUAUGGAAAGAUCCCAGCGCUGGUGGAAGAGCUGAUUGCAGUGGAGAUGUGGAAGCUGAAGGUGUUCCCUGUGCUAUGCAAGCUGGAGGACUUCAAGCCUCUGAACACCUUCCCCAUAUACAUGGUGGUACACCAUGAGGCUUCCCUCAUCAACCUCCUGGAGACAGUGUUCUUCCACAAGGAGGUGUGUGAAUCAGCAGAUGACACUCUCUUAGACCUGGUGGACUACUGCCACCGCAAACUGACGCUGCUGGUAGGCAAGACUAGCCAUGGUGGCCCGCCUAAAGAAGAGGGGCUCCAGGAUCGUACCCCCAUGCAGGAGCUGCAGAACCAGGCAGAGCUGAUGGAAUUUGAGAUCUCACUGAAGGCCCUCUCAGUUCUGCGCUACAUCACAGACUGUGUGGACAGCCUUUCCCUGAGCACCCUGAGCCGCAUGCUCAGCACCCACAACCUACCCUGCCUCCUGGUAGAACUGCUGGAGCACAGUCCUUGGAAACGGCAGGAAGGAGGUAAGCUGCAGCAAUUUGAGGGUGGCCGAUGGCAGGCCGUGACACCCUCAGAGCAGCAGAAGCUGAGCAAAUUAGAAGGGCAAGUAUGGAUCGCCCUGUAUAACCUGCUGCUAAGCCCUGAGGCCCGAGCUCGCUACUGCCUCACAAGCUUUGCUAAGGGACAGCUACUCAAGCUUCGGGCCUUCCUCACAGACACGCUACUUGACCAGCUUCCCAACCUGGCAGAUCUGAAGGGCUUCUUGGCCCACCUGGCCCUAGUUGAAACCCAGCCUUCUAAGAAGGACCUGGUGUUGGAACAGAUCCCAGAAAUCUGGCAGCGGCUGGAGCGAGAGAACAAAGGCAAGUGGCAGGCUAUCGCCAAGCACCAGCUUCAGCACGUGUUCAGCCCCUCUGAGCAGGACCUUCGGCUGCAGGCACGAAGAUGGGCUGAGACUUACAGGCUGGAUGUGCUAGAGGCAGUGGCCCCAGACAGGCCUCGCUGUGCUUACUGCGGUGCAGAGGCCUCCAAGCGCUGCUCCAGAUGCCAGAAAGAGUGGUACUGCUGCAGGGAGUGCCAAGUCAAGCACUGGGAGAAGCAUGGGAAGGCUUGCGUCCUGGCAGCCCAGGGCAACAGAGCCAAGUGAGGGCCGCGGCUCCUCGGGGCUGACGAAAGCAACCCACACGCAUGUUCCCCUGAACCUGCCGAUCUGGCUCUGUUUUCUGCCAAGCCUCCGUCCUGCCAGUGGUGAGCAGAGCUGGCCCAUCCCCACCAAUCACACCAGAGGAAGGCGCCCCACUUCCUGUCCCAUCUGGCAGAUAGGCU